CUUCUCUUAAGCUUUCUAUCAGGAAACCGAUCCGAGAAAAAGCCUCGCCGCCUCUGUUGAUCUCCUCUAGAUUAGGGUUUUUUCUCCUCUUUCUUGCAGAUUCUUCAAUUCAGAGGUCUUUUUCGUUUCUUUUUCUUUGCUAGGGUUAGGGUUUACAAGAGAGAAGAUGAGUUCUUCAGCUUCAACGAAGGGAGGUCGGGGCAAGCCCAAGUCCUCCAAAUCCGUCUCUCGAUCUCAGAAGGCAGGCCUCCAGUUCCCCGUUGGAAGGAUCGCCAGAUUCCUCAAGGCUGGAAAGUACGCGGAGCGUGUUGGUGCCGGUGCUCCGGUCUAUCUCUCUGCUGUUCUUGAAUACCUUGCUGCAGAGGUCCUUGAGCUUGCUGGAAAUGCUGCGAGGGAUAACAAGAAGAAUCGGAUUGUUCCAAGGCAUAUACAGCUUGCGGUAAGAAACGAUGAGGAACUCAGCAAGCUCUUGGGGACUGUUACAAUUGCAAAUGGUGGGGUUUUGCCUAAUAUCCAUCAGACCCUGCUGCCAACAAAGCAGGGAAAAGGGAAGGGAGAGCCUGGAUCUGCAUCACAGGAGUUUUAGGAUCUUUAGGGUUUCUCAUACAGUUACAUGAUUGAGGGUAAUUUGUAAUAUUUCAUUUUGGACAUUGGAAAUGUAUGCCUGAGUGUGAAGUCUCAGAAUGAGAUUGCUUCAAAAAAGACAGUUGGAAAUGUACGCCUGGUUUUAUGGAAUAGAAGAAAGAUAAAUCA